AUGGUUUACUCUGUAACGGGGCUAAUUAGGUGGAAGAUUGGCUUCCCCCUCCUCCUCCUUUCCCUCCAUGUCGACCAUGGAAUCAGCACCGAUGACUAUAUCCGUAGCCGCUGUUCCCCAACCGGUAACUACAUGGCUGGAAGCAUGUUUGAAGUCAACAUGCGCACCCUCUUCUCCACCUUGACAAAAGAUGUUCCUCUCAUUGGUUUUUACAAUGUCACAGUGGGCCAAGGAUCAGAGAGAGUGUAUGGCCUUGUUCAGUGCAGGGGCGAUGUAGAUCAGCAGGACUGCGAGGCGUGCAUCAACAAUUCCACGGUACAAGUCGUUAAAUACUGCCCCAACACAAUGGAUGCCAUCAUAUGGUAUAAAAAAUGCCAGCUCCCCUAUUCCAACACCGAUUUCUUUGGUCGACUAAAUAUUGAAGAUUAUGGUAGUUGGCCUUGGGUCGAUGAUAAAGCGGAAGACCCUAAAUCGUUUACCAAGAAGUUGGGCCAUCUGCUGAAGAAUCUAACUUCUGUAGCUUCAACAGAGCCUUCAGGUUUAAUGUUUGCUACGGGAAACAUUCCGUACAACGACCUGCAGACGUUAUACGGGCUGGUGCAGUGCACCAGGGACAUCAGCCUUUCCGAUUGCAGCCAGUGCCUGGAUAGCACCAUCUCCCGAAUUCCAUUGACUUGCAAUAACUCAAAUGGCUGUGAAAUUGUCACUGGAAGUUGCCGGGUGGCGUAUGAUACGCAACUCUUUUAUGAUACCAGAACAGCACCAGGCACAUCUCUUCCAUCAAAUGGUUUUAAGGAUGCAACGGAAUAUGGACCAAAAUUUGACCUGGCUACCAUCAGGUCUGCUACCACGAUUUUGCACCGUCAAAUAAGCUUGGGGAAGGAGGCUUCGGGCCAACUACCAGAUGGUCAAGAAAUAGCUGUGAAGAGGCUAUCACGCAAUAUGGGGUAUGGUCCGAAGCAAUUCGAUGAUGAGGUACAGACACGGGCUAAACUCCAACACAAAAAUCUUGUUCGGCUUUUGGAAGGCUACGGAAGGGAUCUAAAAGCAAGCAAUGUUUUAUUAGAUGAAGACAUGAACCCCAAGAUCUCAGACUUUGGCACAGGAAAGAUCUUUCAAACGGACCAAACACAAGCAGAAACAAUUGAGAUCAUGGGGACUCCUGGAUAUAUGACACCAGAAUAUCUUCUUGAAGGAAAGGUAUCACUAAAGAUAGAUGUUUUCAGCUUUGGUGUUUUGCUGCUAGAGAUCAUAAGUUUGGAGACUUUGGAAGGAAACAAGUCUCUACAAGUUGUGGAUCAAAUAUUGGAAGGAAGCUGUGACGAAAAUGAGAUGUUAAGAUGCAUCCAUAUUGGCCUGCUAUGUGUUCAGGAAGAUGCAUCAAGUAGGCCAAAAAUGUGCAAGGUUGUUGCGAUGCUUGAAAACAGCACCUUGAUUCUUCCAUCCAUUUUGCCUCCUGCCCCACCUAUUUGGAAUAUCAGAAACAUUUCUUUGGGACAGGAAACAAGCUCAACUAUAUCAGGGAUUGGUUCAGAGCUUGGUUCACCUUUUUAA